AUGACAACCCUCGAAACCUCCGCGCCCCCCGUCUACACCUCCCACCCCCAAGACGUCGAGCUCGCCCACCUCGACCACAGCUCCAGCCGCAGCCGUUCACCCUCCCUCCUCACCGCUCCCCCGCCUUACCCAGCGGGCACCAACACCAGCAACACCUCCCUCUCAACCUCCACGGCUGGCCCCACCCCCGGCGGCCCCUUCAACCCAACCCUCCACUUCCAAAUCCAAACCACCGGCAAACCCUGGCUCUCCCUCCCGCUUCCCUCCCGCCCAGACCCCAUCCCUAUCUUCUCCCUCCACCCCGACGACUCCAGCCUCUCCGCCAGCGCCCACUCCUCUUCCCCUUACUACACCUGUCUCCGCCCCGAACGCAGCUCCGGAAGCUGCUACCUCACCACCGGCGGCAGCAGCAACAGCGGUAACAGUAGUAACAACACCAUCCCCGUGACGUCCUCAACAACCUACCGCUUCGGCCCCAACCGUCCCCCCGUCGUCCGUCUCUUCGCGCCGCACACCCCUCCCCUACCCGUCGAGACACUCAACCAGCUGCUGUACAACAAAAACCAGGAUGUCGACGUCAACGGCGCGGGUACGGGGACCAGCGCUUGUGGCGCAUGGGAUACGUUUACGAUUAACUCCCUCGGGUUGUUGACCCGCUCUAUCGGGUUUCGCUCAAGGUUGGGGUAUUUCGAGUGGCGGUAUGCGGGGCGUAAGGAACGGCAUGCGGCUGCGGGGGCGGGGAUUAAGGGGGUGGAGGAUUUGAAUAGUGUGCUGGUUUUGGAGAGGGUGGUGAAGGUUGCGCGUGCGCUGAAUGGGGCGUCCUCCUCCUCCAAAACGGGGAAAGAUGAGGAAGUGCGGACGGUGGUGGCGCAGUUUUUGAGGGGGGAGGGGUGUAGGACUCCGGGGAGCGGGUCGAGUACGGCGGGGAAUGGGGGGAGGUUGGUGAUGGAUUUGGGUGGGUUGGAAAAGGGGGAGAGGGAGAUGGCGGUUGCGUUGGUGGUUACUACGUGUUUGGUGAUGAUGAAGAGGGAGGUGGAUCGUAGGCGGGCGCAGCAGAUUGCUAUUAUGGCGGGUGCUGCUGGUGGUAACUAG